AGCAGCCUAAUCUUGGAUGUAUUUGAAUGAAUAACUGAACUUUCUUUUGCUUUCCACAGGCUGGCAUUCAGAAUGGCAGGCUUGUCGACGUUAAUCCUCCUUCUGUGUGCUGCUAAAGAUGUGAUGCCCUCCAGUUCCCACUGGAAGCCAACUUGGCCAUCUUACCGAGUCCCAGUUAUCCUGCCACAGUCUACCCUUAAUUUGGACAAGCCACGGUUUGAUGCAGAGACCAAAUUGGAAGUGGUAUCUCCUUGUGGCCCAGCGUGCCACAAAAGUUCCCCAUUGCCCACCUAUGAAGAAGUGAAGGACUAUCUGUCCUAUGAAACCUUGUAUGCUAAUGGUAGCCUCACUGAAACCGAAGUGGGCAUUUAUAUUCUGAGCAACGGUGGUGAGGAGUCUCGAGGCAAAUCUCGAACUAAGAGGCAGAUCUAUGGGUAUGACAGCAGGUUUAGCAUUUUCGGGAAGGACUUCUUGUUGAAUUACCCAUUCUCCACAUCAGUGAAGCUGUCUACAGGUUGCACAGGGACACUAGUGGCUGAAAAGCACGUUCUUACUGCUGCUCAUUGUAUCCACGAUGGCAAGAGUUAUGUCAAAGGAGCUCAGAAACUGCGGGUGGGGUUCCUGAGGCCCAAGCUGAAAGAUGGCAGCAAAGGGGCCAAUGUUAGCAGCUCCGCAAUGCCUGAGAAAAUGAAAUUCCAGUGGAUCAGAGUGAAACGAACACAUGUUCCCAAAGGAUGGAUCAAAGGAAAUGCCAAUGACAUUGGCAUGGAUUAUGACUAUGCCCUGCUGGAGCUCAAGAAGCCUCAUAAAAGAAAGUUUAUGAAGAUAGGAGUGAGCCCACCAGCACGGCACUUGCCUGGAGGGAGGAUUCACUUCUCUGGCUACGACAACGACCGGCCAGGAAACCUGGUUUACCGUUUCUGUGACGUCAAGGACGAAACGUAUGACCUGCUGUACCAGCAGUGUGAUGCGCAGCCAGGUGCGAGUGGCUCUGGCGUGUAUGUGAGGAUGUGGAAGCGGCAGAAUCACAAGUGGGAGCGUAAAAUUAUUGGAAUAUUUUCUGGCCAUCAGUGGGUGGACAUGAAUGGCACGCCACAGGAUUUCAAUGUAGCUGUUCGCAUCACCCCCCUCAAAUAUGCACAGAUCUGUUACUGGAUCAAAGGCAACUACCUUGACUGCAGGGAGGGAUAGAGACAAUGAAAUUCCUUGAAAGCACUUAAUGACUGGUUUUAAUUACUCCUCUGAGGAAAGGCUAGACUUCUGCUGCAAACGUGUGAGAUGUGAUUCUUUGUGCAACACCAGGAUGUGGUCUGCAGCUUUGCAAGCCACCUUGUUCUCAGGAAGGUGGUUGUGUGGUGCAGACGUYACAGCUAGAAACUGUUUGGAGAGAGAGGAAGGUUUCUUGGGUGGGGAAGGGACAGGUGGACUGGCUGGCUUUGCAGUUGGGCAACUGAAGAUCAAUUAGGGGUGGGUCAGUAAACAGGAUAAAAUCGGGGCCGUCUCCAAAGAAUCUUACAAAAGGGACGCUGUUGACUAUCUCAUGCCUACAAUGUUUGUUUUAAUAAAUCCUAGGAUUAGUAGAAAUGCUUUGAUCUGAACUUUUAAAAGAAAAUAUUUCUAUGCUGUUGGGGGCUGCAGAGKGGCGUUUAAUGGUGUUUGCAACCCACACAUUACAGCUUUGUGUUCCUGCAUGAGAAAGGGAGUGUGAAAAGGGCAAGGCAGGCACUGUGGGAGAUUAAAUGCCACACAGACAGUGUGAAGGGUAAAUAACUACAUAAAGAUUUAUAAACUUCCCUCAGCCUGUGUGAUUUGAGACUUUAUUAGUAACAUAGUUAAGAAAAAUGCUUUUUGAGCAAACAGACCUUGAACUUGAAAGGACUUAACUGUGAAGAUGAUGUUGGUCCUAUGAACAGUGCCACUGCAAUCUGCUCUGGUAAACACAAAUUAUACAGUGACUUAAAUCCUUUCCAGCAGCUGGGGCACAGCCUUGCACCUAGCAGGAUCCCUAUUAAUACACUGUUAGGGAAAUCACGUGUGGAGAGAGGCUCGUCUCCUGUUGUGACCUGUGGUCUUUUAAGGAAGGUCUCUUGGCAGCAUUUGAGGCUCUUUGGAGGGGAGACCUGUCUGGUCUUGCUGGCUGUCUAAGCUGCUGGUUGCAAAGCAGGUAAAGAGGAGAGAAGGACAAAGAUUCCUCCUAUUUUUCUAAAGAUCUAUGCUGUCCUACCCACAAAUACAUGGUCAAGUAAUGUAUUCAUUGAGUAAUCCUAGAUUUAUUAAUGUCUCUACAUGAUGUCUCUUUCAAAGUGAUUUUUUUACAGAAUCUUCACCUCUGUUUUUUCGUAUGUGUGGGUUUUUUUGRGGCAGGGUGCCCUCACCCCCAUCAGAUUUUUGAGUCACCGAUGGUUCUUGUCAUACACAGAGUUCAGUAAUUCUGCAGCUGGAAUAGGGCCAGAUUAUAGGAUGUAAUCCCAGUUAGCGAUGGAAUGAUGUCCUGCUGUCCCUUAUCAACAUGAGUGACAUUUAUUUUGCUGCAGCAGAAUUAUAGUUUAAAGACAAGAUCCUCAGCAAAACAAAAACAAGCAAAAAAAAAAAAAAAAAUCAGUCUGGCCAAGUAUCUGUAGUUCAGCAAACAGCAUUGGGAAGUCAGUGUGAUCUGCACAGUGUUUCUUGGAUGGAGGGUGCCACUGUAUUGCAGUAACRGGGUUGAGUACAUACUGCCAUAACAGCACUUUUUUGAUAGGGGUAUAGACUGGCUCCACUUUCUCUUCCCUCCAUCUCUCCCUGCCUCCUGAACUCACCACAUUGCACUUGGCACUGGUGUUUUGGGGCCAACACAAGCCCCUUGUGUGAAAUGACAGAGCUGGGAAGGAAUGAGGUUAGGCUGAGUUGCCCUGCACUAGAUGAGGGAAACGUUAGUUCAGUUAAGCCUUUCUUUCACUCUACUAAUUACUGUGGCAUUUGCAAACAUAUGCCUGAUGGUGCUUUAUCUUUGAGA